ACCGUCCCUUCCUGUUUUACUGGCGAUCAGAGAGAAACAUUGACGCCGUGAUAGAGACGCGCAAGCUCCGAUUAUGUCUGGAACCGCUGACUCCGUCCAAGACCAGGAUUUUUGCUUGCCUACGUGAAACCGGCAACCAGCAAUGUCGCCUUAAAGCGCAUAUAUGGCACUUGACGAGUUAUAGUCUACAAAUAUAUUUUGUAUCGCGCUGCUGCAACCCUUGCUCCUUCUUCUGUCAAUGAUUGUCCUACCCAUAUAAGCCUACUCAUGGCGGAGACCAAAAUUAUAUACCAUAUCGACGAAGAAGAAACCCCUUAUUUAGUGAAACUGACGGUUUCUCCGGAAAAAGUCACGUUGGCGGAUUUUAAAAAUGUCCUCAACAACCGUCCGGUCAACAGUUAUAAAUUCUUUUUCAAAUCUAUGGAUCAGGAUUUCGGAGUCGUCAAAGAAGAAAUCUCCGAUGAUAACGCCAAGCUGCCCUGCUUCAACGGCAGAGUGGUGUCCUGGUUGGUGUUGGCUGAAGGCACACAUUCGGAUGGGGGAUCUCAGUGCACAGAGAGCCACAAAGAGCUGCCACCACCCUUGGAGCGAACUGGAGGGAUUGGAGAUUCCAGACCCCCCUCUUUCCAUGCCAAUGCGGUGAGUAGUCGGGAUGGAUUGGACACAGAGACAGGGACGGAGUCUCUCCAGAGCCAGCGGAGAGAGCGGGAGAGGGAGCGAGCUCACAGGAGGGCACGAGAAAGUGAGUUCCCUCGCGUGAACGGUCACUCGAAAUCGGAGCGGACCAAUCGUGACUCAGCUGUUGGCUAUGACAGUGCAUCAGUGAUGAGCAGUGAGCUGGAAUCCAGCUCUUUUAUCGACAGCGAGGAGGAUGAGGAUGCCAGCAGCCACAGACUUAGCAGUUCAACCGAGCAGAGCUCUUCAUCACACCUCAUGCGUAGACACAAACGCCGACGACGGAGGCAGAAAGUCACCAAAAUGGACAGGUCCUCAUCUUUCAGUAGUAUUACAGACUCCACAAUGAGCCUCAACAUUAUCACUGUCACUCUCAACAUGGAGAAGUACAAUUUCCUGGGUAUCAGUAUAGUGGGUCAGAGUAAUGACAGAGGAGAUGGAGGCAUCUAUAUUGGCUCCAUUAUGAAAGGUGGAGCGGUGGCGGCUGACGGCAGAAUUGAGCCUGGAGACAUGUUAUUACAGGUCAAUGACGUGAACUUUGAAAACAUGAGCAAUGAUGAUGCUGUCAGGAUCCUACGGGAAAUCGUCUCCAAACCUGGGCCAAUAAGCUUAACAGUGGCGAAAUGUUGGGACCCCUCUCCUAGAAGCUACUUCACCAUCCCUAGAGCUGAACCAGUGAGACCCAUCGACCCUGCUGCCUGGAUCUCACACACUACAGCACUUUCUGGGCCAUACCCACAUUAUGAGUUUGAUGAUGUCCCCCUUUCAGUGUCAAAAACAGAUAUGGCAACUAUUGUAAAGGUCAUGCAGUUACCAGAUUCAGGCCUGGAGAUCAGAGACCGAAUGUGGUUGAAGAUCACUAUAGCCAAUGCUGUCAUCGGGGCUGAUGUUGUCGACUGGUUAUUCUCACGGGUGGAGGGCUUCAAGGACCGUCGGGAUGCUAGAAAAUACGCCAGCAGUUUGUUGAAACAUGGCUACCUGAGACACACAGUCAAUAAAAUUACCUUUUCGGAGCAGUGCUACUACACCUUUGGAGACCUGUGUCAAAAUAUGGCUUCUCUCAAUCUGAAUGAGGGAUCUAGUGGUGGAGGCUCUGACCACGAUGGUCUCGCUCCUCUUCCUCCACCGGGAACCAACCCUUGGCCCCUCGGCGGUCAGCCCUACCCUUACCCAGGUUACCCCACUCCUCCACCAGGCUUCCCUCCAGGAUACUCGGACCCUUGCCACAGUUUCCACAGUGGCAGUGCAGGCAGCCAGCAGAGCGAAGGCAGCAGAAGCAGUGGCUCCAACCCCAGCGCUGGCAAAGGACGGAGACCUUCCCCUCGAGAGAAGGACCAUAAGGCACCGUGCUGUGGGGGCAGCGAAUCAGAACUGGGAACAUGGAUUGGAAGGAGGGGUGAGAGGGCACCCAGUCAGCUGAGUCAUCAAAGCCACAGCCGCUCUGCCACCAGUCACGCCCACUCAAGCCACAGCUACGCUCACUCUGGGUACAGCCACGGCCAGUGUCACAGCGUCUCGCAGCUUAGCCACAACUUCACGUACAGCCAUGCCCCUUUCAUUCAGCCCAAUCAUCUAUCCUGUGCCCACAGUGAGAGAAGUCACGGCUCUUCAUACGGCCCGCCGGGUCUUCCCCCUCCAUACUGCCUCGCUCACCUCGCCCCCAAAGCGGCAGCAAGCAACAGCCCACCUGGGGCUCCUCCCGUCCGGGAGCUAGGAAACGUCCCCCCAGAACUCACGGCUAGUCGGCAGUCAUUUCAACACGCUAUGGGCAAUCCUUGUGAAUUUUUCGUUGAUAUUAUGUGACAGGAGAGUGCCUUCAACCCCUUCAGAGCACAAGGCCUAUUUCCCGCAGUUUGCUUCAUGAAUUUUUGCUACUGACGAUCCCUGCACUGAGAAUGUACAAACUGACAGCCCCAUUUAAAGCGUUUAAAGGGACGGUUCACCCAAUAAUGAAAAUUCUGACAUUGACUCAUUAUACUUACUCAUUUGUCACUUACUCAUUUAUCCACUUUCUUUCUUCUGUGAAACAAAAAAUGCUGUUGUAAUUGUUAACUAAAAGUAUUAAAAAUAGUUUUCAGUAAUUGAAAUAAAUCUGAAAUAAAAUAUAAAUAUUAGAUAAAAAAACAAAUGAAAAUUAGAAAUGUUCUCAAAUAAUUGAAAAUAAAUGAAAUAUAGAAAUAUUAUCUAGAAAUAUGUAGAAAUAUAUAAAAAUAACUAAUAAAAAUGACAAAUUUACAUAAUAAAAUGACAAACUUUCAAAUGAAGCCAAUUAAAAGCAUAUACAUAAUGCUAAAACAACAUUUCAACAGAAGAGAAGCAGAUUUUACAUUUUAUUUCAAUUAUUUUAUUUUAUUUUUUCAUAGCUUGACAGGCUCAGUCCCCAUUCACUUCUAUUAUAUGGAAAAGAAUGGCCAGGAUAUAUAUAUUUUUUUUUUAAAUUCUUAUGUUCAACAGAAGAGAGAAAAUAUUUAGGAAAAAAAAAAUUUAAUUAAAAAAAAAAACAUAAGAGUAAGCAAACGAUGGCAGAUUUUUAAUUUAAUUUAAUUUAAUUUUAUUUUAUUUUUAUUUCAGAGCUUGACAGCCCCAGACCCCAUUAAUUUCUAUUAUAUGGAAAAAAAUCAACCAAGAUAUUUAAAAAAAUGUCUUCGGCAAAAAAUGUGUUCAGCAGAAAAGUAUUUAAGAAAAUAAAAUAAAAAAAAAUAAGAGUGAGCAAAUGAUGGCAGAUUUUUUUGUUUUAAAUUUAAUUUAUUUAAUUUAAUUUAAUUUAAUUUAAUUUAAUUUAAUUUAAUUUAAUUUAAUUUAAUUUAAUUUUAUUUUAUUUUAUUUUAUUUAAUUUAAUUUUCAGAUCUUGACAGCCCCUGUCCUCAUUCACUUCUAUUAUAGGUAAAAAAAAAAAAAAAAAAAAAAAAAAAAACCCACCAGGAUUUUUUUUUUUCUUUUUUACAUUUCUUUUUGUUCAACAAAAGAGAGAAAGUAUUUGAGAAAAAAGAAAACAAUAGCAACAACUACAUAAGAGUGAACAAAUAAUGACAGAUUUUUCAUUUUUAGGUCACCUGUUCCUUUAAUGUCCAUUCAAUGUUGUUUUGAUCACCGAAGGACACUAAAAAAAAGCACAACUGCAGAGUUAAUUUAGACUCUGACACAAAAACUACAAUACUGCAGUAGCAGCACAAGAUAACACAACUAAUAAGCUUUUAACAGGAAAGUCAGUGUAUCAGACUGUCUGCUUCUUAUACUCAGCUGCUCUGCACUUUGCACAAGUUAAAAGCCAGACUACUGGCACGACGGCUCUUUACAUAGUCCGUACUUUUACACGUAUCCAUGCGCUGGAUGAUUUUUGUCUUACACAGUUGCAUUUGACUCUAUACUCCCAGAGUCAUAACCCUGUUGACAAUCAGACAUCAUAAUGACAAUUGAUAUCCCUAAACAUCGCUGAAUGUAUUGUCUCGUGAGGCUACAACUCAAAAUUCCCUCAUUAGCUUGAUAGCAUGUUAAGCUAUCGCUAAAUAAAUGUUUAUUGUAAUGUUGCAAAAACAUCCAUCAUGAACUCCAAAUGUAUGUGAUACAUUUUUAACAAUAACAAACAGGUGCUUUUCAUAGAGUCUGUGACCUGACUGUUCAGAUGUCACCAGUUGUCUUAGUAUUUACCACUGUAUUACGAACGUCACUGUACAGUUAAUGCAGUAGAGUGCUAGUAGGCCCUGUGAGUUAUAAUAUAGAUAUCAAAACAGGCAGAUAGGCUAACCAAAGUCCCUUGACAAUUAGUGAGUCAUGAUUUUUGUUCUAAAACAGCUGUUUUUAUGGAGGAAAGAAUAGGUUGUUUUUAUGGUCAAAUUUCUUGGUAAAGCAGUGAGGUGUUGUCUUCGUUCGUAACAUUCUGUUCCAUGAACUGACCUGUCUGCCUGAGCCAAGAGUUUGUCAAGCACUUUUGAAAUGUAACUUCUGGGCCCUUUAGGAUGAAACGCUGAUUGCAGUGAAAGCUCUUUGCUUUAUUGUUUCUUCACAAAAGAGGAAUAAUUGUAAAUAUGACAACAUAAAUAUAUUAUAUAAAUAUAUAUAUAAAACUGAGAAAAUAAAAUUUAUGUAUUAAGAAGUGGCCA